UUCCUUGCUCUUUAACUCUGUUCUUUUUUUUCUAGUAACUCCCAACUUAAUAGUGGUUGCUUGCAGCCUUGUUGGGAGUGAAUGCAAAUAAAAAAAAAAAAGUCAUCGUUAAUACUACCCUUUGAAUUUGCAACUAUAAAAAAAGCAAGUAACGAAAGUGUGAUGGAAUUUUUACGACAGAUUGCAAGAGCUGCUGAAGGAUGCAAAUUCAUGGAUAGAGAUGAUCGAAUGCGCGACCAAUUCAUUAUGGAAUUUAACGAUGGUGUUACAAUCAAACUGGAAUCUGAAGAACUAACGUUUGCAAAGGCUGUGAAAAUUGCUGUUACCCUUGAAAGAGUAACCCAGGAAGCUCGACAAUUAGAUGGUUCCGAUAAUUUAAUGAUUGCGGCAACAUCGUUACUUCCAAAGACAUCUAGUGUGUCCGACACAAACAAAGUUACAUGUUUCAGUUUUGGAAAGCUUGGACAUUUUGCACGGGACUGCGAAGCAAAAUGCAGGACUUGUUCACACAAUCAUCAAGCUAAAUUUAUUACAACUUUGGGAGGAGCUGUGCAAGUGCUGGGUGAAAUGGUAAUCAAAUUAGAAAUUGAUGGAAUACACCGGAUUGUUAAUUCUCUGGUUGUAAAAGAAAAACCAUUGGGGUUUGAUUUGAUUUUGGGAAUGAAUGCGAUUGAAAAAUUUGGAGGAGUCAUCAUUUAUGGUAAUAAAAACCGUAUUGUCCGAAUGUUAGCAUGUGACACAGCGAAUGUGGUACCGUUAAAACAUCAGGACUUCGCAGCAAAUUUUGACGGGAAAAAGUGGAGGGCAUUAUGGAAUUGGAAUAAAGACCCUGUAAUUGAUAAUACCAUUAGUGAAUACAAGAUGAACCACGAGUACAAACGUAGUUACCGCAAAGAAAUGAAUGGAUUAAUUCUAACAUUCUUGUACCAUAUAACGAACUAACAUUGGGAUUACCUAAAGUAUUGAUACCGCUUAUGUGCGUAGUGCAAGAAAAUAAGGACAAAAAGGUACGUCCAGUGGGAGAUUUCCGAGCUCUCAACGAAUUUGUAAAUUGUCACACAGCGAAUUUGAUAAUUGUCACACAGGGAAUACGUUUGUCAAGAAAAAUUGCGUUGUUGGAGAAAAAUUAAAAAUGCAAAAAUACUUGAUCUUAAAAAAGCCUACCUCUAAAUUCAUAUUGAUAAAAGACUUUGGCCAUAUCAUACGGUGAUUAUAAAUGGGAAACGAUAUUGUUUUACCAGAAUGUGUUUUGGCAUUAAUGUGGCUCCAAAAAUAAUGACCACAGUUCUUCGGCAUGUGCUCAAUAUAAAUCCAACUGUAAAGAAAGCAUGUGAUAACUACAUUGAUAAUAUAUUUGUGAAAGUGUGGAAACCGCAGAAAAUGUAGUGAAGGACCUGCAUAAAUUCGGGUUACAAUAUAAACCUCCACAAAAUCUUGAACAAGGACGUGUCUUAGGAUUGAGAGUCGAAAGAAAUAAAAAUGGGGAAUUGAUAUGGAAACGAGACAAUGUGGUACGAUUUGAACUUUUAAAUGCAGUCACACGAUCACAGCUUUUCAGCAAGUUAGGUAAACUCAUUGAACAUUACCCAGUGACAGGAAGUUUGCGUUUACAAGCUUCAUACAUCAAAUGUUUAGCUGGAAAUAUACCUUAGUGUGAUUUUAUUUCUGAAGGUUGUAAAAAAAAAAUUGAAAGAUUUGCUUCACCAUGUGAAAAAAGAGGAUCUGGUUGGUGGAAAAUGGUUGGUACCAGUGAAUGGAAAAGCUGAGCUUUAUUGUGAUGCAUCAUCCAUUUGACUUGGGGUAGUUCUGCUCAUUGGUGGAGUAGUUGUUGAAGGCGCAGCAUGGCUACGGCCAGCAAGUGACACACACCAUAUCAAUAUAAGUGAACUGGAUUCGAUACUUCGAGGACUAAACUUAGCUAGUAAGUGGGAUAUAAAAGAGUUAAAAGUAUACAGUGAUAGCAAGAGCACCGUAGGAUGGUCAAACGCAGUUUUGAAGGAAGAAUAUUGCGUAAAAACUCGGGGAAUUUCACAAUUGUUAGUACAGAGACGAUUAAAUACUACUAAGGAAGUGGCAAAAAGUAUCCAGAUUGUAGUACAAUGGAUUCCAUUCAAAAUAAAUUUGGCUGAUCGACUCUCAUGAAUCCCUCAAAAAUGGUGCAGAACAGUGUGUGCGCUGGAUUACCUGAACAAAAAGACAUAUGGAAAAUUCAUUUGAUUGGUCACUUUGGUGUCGCUCGAGCAUUACAACUUUGCUUGCAAAAUAACCAGUAUGUAUCACGUAAAGGAGGUUUCAGCAGUAAUAGCAAAUUGUAAUCAGUGCAACUCCAUCGAUCCUUACUCCGUACAAGGAAGCAUGGUCAACUAAGCGUAGAAAAAAAUUGGAAUCGGGUUGCCAUUGACGUGACCCAUGUAGGUGGUGAACUGUACUUAUUGAUGAUUGAUUGUAGUCCAUCACGAUAUACAAUAUGGCGUAAACUAGUAACUAAAACAGCUACUGAAGUUGUUGGUAAACUUGAAGAAAUAUUUUCUUUAUUUGGACCGCCAGUAUGUCUUCUAAUGGACAACGAAUUUUGAUCCAACACGUUAACAAGCUUUCCUGAAGAAUGGAAUGUUAAUUUUGAAUAUCGAGCAGCACAUCGAGCUCAAGGUAAUGGUAUAGUUGAACGCAUACACAGAACGAUAAAAGGAACAGUUACUCGCUCACAUUGUUCAAUCGCUCUGGCAGUCUUGCUGUACAACGAGACAAUAUCCAAUUGUACUGAAAGUCCAUCCGAGCAAUUCAAGAAAAAACCAACUUGUUUCAUCCCAGGUAUCGAUACUCGGACAAAAACAGACAAGAAGGUGUAAAUACGAAAUUCGAAGAGGGAGACAAGGUGUGGGUAAAGCCAACUCAAGGAACAAAAUGUGACCAACCGUGGAUACCAAGUGUAGUGCGAAAGCAAAAUAAUUUAUCGUUUGACGUCGACCUACGGCGUACAGACCUACAGAGUUCAAAUGAACCAGCCAACGAUGUUUUGUACAGACUAAAAGAUAAAACCGAUAACGCUAAAGAAGAUAUCACGAUGAUAUCACUCAAGUUCAAAAUGACUCUCAAGAACAUAACGUGCUGCAAGUAACACACUCCGGACGAACAUUAAGGCCCCCACAAAGAUUGGACUUAUGAGUUAAUUCACCAAGAGGGCGUGUUCUAAUUUUAACUUGAUGAAUUAUACGUGUGUUAGAAAUCACGUAGAUACGUGUUGAAAGUCACGCGUUAUUUCAAUUGUAAUUAAAAGUAUUCUCAUGAGACUUUUUUUAAUUUUGUAUAUAUAGAGACAAUUUUUGUGUAGAGUUAGUGAGGUUAGAAGAAAGCUAUAAAAUAA